AUGACUGAGCACGCUCGUGCCGAACACGUCGACCAUGUGCCCUUAGACUUCGAGGAUCCUCACCGUGCUGCCCUGGAGGACAACCCAGAAACCGCAGAACGACCGCCCUUGAGAACCCUCCUGGCCGUCAUGUUCCUGGCUCUUUCAUACGUCUGCCCUAUCGGCUGCGGGUUUUUCCUCAUCUCAGCGAUCCUCGUACCCGUGGGCACGGAACUAGGUGAUACGCAAAACAUCGCCUGGAUCGUGUCGGGAUGGUCGACGGCUUCUUCGGUCUCCUUCUCAAUCGCUGGCAAGGUCAGUGACAUCUUUGGCCGCCGUUGGACUAUCCUGGUUGGUGAAGUCAUCUGUAUUGUGGGUUGUAUUGUGGCCUGCACCGCACAACGGACGCUAGUACUCGCUGCUGGUUCGACCGUCGUGGGCUUUGGUUGUGGAAUUGUAUUUGUGUCCUACGCGGGUAUCGUCGAGCUUUUGCCAAACAAAUGGCGCGGCUUCGGUAUAGGACUGACCGAGGUGUGCAUUACUAUCCCAUGGUGUGCAACCAGUGUCCUCAUUGCGAACGGCCUGAAUUCCCACACCUCUGCCGGAUGGCGCUGGUGUUACUAUAUGGGCAUCAUCUAUGGGACGAUCAGUCUAGUUGGCACCUUUGUCUUCUACUAUCCACCGAUACGCCCCCAGCAUGACUUUCAAAAGUCUCGCUGGCAAGAGAUCCGAGAGAUUGACUAUAUUGGCUGCUUACUGUACACUGGAGGCCUCGCUGUUUUUCUGGUCGGUAUGAGCUGGGCAGGCACUACUGACCAUCCUUGGAGAUCAGCCUCGGCGGUUGCUCCCAUCGUUGUUGGCUUUGUGGUCCUGGUCUUUUCCUUCCUGUACGACUUCACCUUGGCCAAGGAACCCUUCUUUCCUCUAUCUCUGCUGCGGAGGCUGCGCGAAUACACGGUCUUGUUGGUCGUCGUCUUUGUCGCCGGCAUGGUCUUCUACUCCAUGUCGGCCCUGUUGCCGCAGGGGUCUCUUUAUAUGUUCACCAGCGAUCCCACCGAGAUCGGCAUCAUUGCGUUGCCGAGUGGUAUCGCCGAGAUGCUCUUCGGCGCAUUCGCGACGUUGUUGAUGGGACACAUCGGUCAUCUGAAGGUGCAGAUCAUUGCCAUGCUGUCCGUCCAGACCAUCGCUACCGCCUGUUAUUCGACCGUGAUCCCCUACAACAGAGCAGGAUGGAUGGCCCUGCAGUUCUUCGGCAUGGGAGCAUUCCAGUUGACCACCUCGAUUGCCUACGUUAUCGCUGGGCUCAACAUCCCUCUACGCUAUCUAGGAUUGGCAUCCGGGCUCAUUGGCACCUUCAGAAGCGCGGGCGGGAGCGUCGGCAACGCGAUCUUCAGCACCAUCCUUAACUCGGUCGUCCAGGAUCAGUUACCGAAGCGUAUUGCCGUGGCUGCCACUUCACAGGGUUACGAUGCCAGCAACCUAGCUCUCCUCAUCCCGGCCGUCGUGAACAACGCGCUCGGUAUUCCGGAUGCUUUCGACGGUGUGCCCGACGUGAAUCCGAGUCUAAAACUAGCCGUCGGCAAUGCGUUUCGUGAAGCGUACGCCGCUGCAUUCCGACGCGUGUUUUGGGCAACGAUUCCGUUUGGUAUCAUCGCCGUGAUAUGUGCUUGCUUCAUCCGGGAUCCGUCAAGGUACUUGACAAACCACACUGCUGUGCAUAUGCAUGGCGAUGAAGGACAGAGCCAGACACCGGUCCAGCAUGCAAUGUUUGAGGUUGAGCAGAAGCAGAAUAGUUCAAAGGAGUAG